AUGGAGGAUUUGGACAGGAUACCAUCCAUCGCGGGCAGCCAGGACAUCCAGUUGCAACUUCAGGCUGCAGCGACCCCGCUCGAGUUCCAAGCCACGUUGGAGACGAAAUUCGCAAGCUACGACAACUACUGCAACCUUUUCCACUACAUCUUGAACUCCGAGGGACCUGUAGAUUUGGAGGCACCAAACUCAUCUUGGGCAUGGGAUGUCAUCGACGAGUUCAUCUACCAAUUCAACAGCUUCUGCAGUUACCGCCAGAAAGUCGCUACUAAGGGCGAGAAUGGGGAGGAGAUCCAACUUUUGCGGGAAAACCCAAACACAUGGGGCUGCUACAGUGUGCUCAACGUUCUCUACUCUCUUAUCCAGAGGUCACAAAUCAGUGAGCAACUGGCAGCUAUGAAGCGUGGAGAGGAUCCCAGCGCGUACGCUGGCGAGUACGGUCAGAGGCCGUUGUAUAAGAUGCUUGGCUAUUUCUCCAUCGUUGGUCUCCUGCGAGUGCACUGCUUGCUUGGAGAUUUCAGCCUCGCUCUCAAGACUUUGGACGAUAUCGAGCUCAACAAGAAGUCCAUGUUCGCACGCGUGAUGGCCGCUCACUUCACCACCUACUACUAUGUCGGUUUCUCCUACAUGAUGAUGCGCCGAUAUGCAGAUGCUAUCCGCAUGUUCAGCCACAUCCUUGUCUACGUUUCAAGGACCAAGAACUUCCAGAAGAACGCUCAGUACGAUUCUAUCACAAAGAAGAACGAUCAGAUGUACGCACUCAUCGCCAUCUGCGUUGCUUUCCAGCCCACCAGACUGGAUGACACAAUCCACACCGCUCUGCGCGAGAAAUACGGCGAGCAAUUCAACCGCCUCCAGCGUGGUGGACCAGAGUCUCUUCCUCUUUUCGAAGAGCUUUUCCGCUCUGCCUGCCCCAAGUUCAUCAACCCCACCCCUCCCGACUUCGACAAUCCAGAGAUCAACAUCGACCCUGUCGAGCACCACCUGCGUAUCUUCAUGGACGAGGUCAAGAACAAUCUUAUGUCGCCUACUGUUAAGAGCUACCUCAAGCUUUACACCACCAUGGAUCUCAAGAAACUCGCCGGUUUCCUCGAGGUCGAGCCAGAGAAACUGAGGUGCUGGCUCCUAGUUAACAAGCAGAGGAACAGGCAGACAAGGUGGAGCGAGGGUGGACUUUUGGAGGGUGAAGUCAUCCACAGCAGCGAUCUUGAUUACGCUAUGGAAGGCGAUCUCAUCCACGUCUCUGAGGCCAAGGUAGGCAGGAGGCUCGUAGACUGGUAUCUCCGAAACCUCGCCAGGACGUACUAG